GCGCGGUGAUGGCGGCGGGGUCUGUGGCAGCUGUGGCGGCGGCGCUGAGCGGGGCGGGCGCGCUGCGCUUCGGGCAUUUCGUGCUCAAGAGCGGCCGCGAUUCCCCCGUGUACAUCGACCUGCGCAGCCUCGUGUCCCAUCCGCGCCUCCUCCGGCAGGUUGCAGGACUGCUCUUCAAAGCAGCCCAGGAUGCAGGUCUGGAGUACGACUGUGUGUGCGGCGUUCCGUACACGGCCCUGCCGCUGGCCACCAUCAUCUGCUCGGAAAAUGAGGUUCCAAUGCUCAUACGGAGGAAGGAAGCAAAAGAYUACGGUAAAGCCUUCAAGAAUUUGCAACUUACCUUGUUUGGGAAAUGGCUUUAAACAUUUGUGUUUCUUUUGUAAUGUACAGCAUCUCCGUUCCAGUUUAAGGUUACCAUUUGCAAUUUAAGAGGCAGGUCCUUUCCCCGCUAAAGCAAACCUCCUACAGCA